GGCUAGCGAGGUCCAGCCCCGCCGGGCCCGCGGGGAUGGCGGGCUACGCGCGCCGCCCGGGCGUCACCCCGCUGUCCCGAGCCCGAAGCCUCGUCAUUCCGGACGCUCCAGCGUUCUAUGAGCGCCGGUCUUGUCUCCCCCAGCUAGACUGUGAGCGCCCCCGUGGCGGGGACCUGGACUCCCACUUCUUCGGCAUUCGGCCGACGUUUAUGUGUUAUGUGCCCAGUCCGGUGCUAGCUUCCGUGGGAGACACAGAUUUUGGCUUUGGAAAGGGGACAGGCACUAAGGAAGGCCCACCAGGAGCCCACGAGACAUGCUAUGGAGAUGACAGACUCGAAGAGCCUGAAGAGGCGAACCCGUUCUCUUUUAAAGAGUUUCUGAAAACCAAGAAUCUCAGUCUGUCGAAAGAGGACACACCCAGCAGUAGGAUUUACUCCAAGGAGGCCGCGCGGCACUCUCUGGGACUCGAACGUAGCUCUUCAGGUGCCCAGACCAUGGGGUACGGCCUGGAGUACCCGCAGCCAUUCUUUGAGGACCCAACAGGGGCUGGCGACCUCCUGGAUGAGGAUGAGGACGAGGACGACACCUGGACCGGGGCCUACCUGCCGUCCACGGUGGAGCAGACGCACUCCCUGAGGGCUGCCAGCACAUCGCCCUGCAGCACCUACGCGUCCUUCUUCUCCAACCCAUCAGAGCUGGCAGGGCCCGAGUCUCUGCCCCCGUGGACUCUGAGCGAAACGGAUUCCCGAGCUUCUCCGGCGUCUCCGGCCGGUAGUCCCAACCCAGACUUUGCAGCCCACGGGGAGUCUCUGGGAGACCGGCACCUUCGGACGCUGCAGAUAAGUUACGAAGCACUGAAAGAUGAAAAUUCUAAGCUAAGAAGAAAGCUGAGUGAGGUUCAGAACUUCUCUGAAACUCAAACAGAAAUGGUGAGGACGCUUGAACGGAAACUGGAAGCAAAGAUGAUCAAGGAGGAGAGCGACUACCACGACCUGGAGUCCGUGGUCCAGCAGGUGGAGCAGAACCUUGAGCUGAUGACCAAACGGGCUGUGAAGGCAGAAAAUCACGUCCUGAAGCUGAAACAGGAAAUAAGUUUGCUCCAGGCUCAGGUCUCCAACUUCAAGCGCGAGAACGAAGCCCUGCGGUGCGGCCAGGGUGCCAGCCUGACCGUGGUGAAGCAGAACACCGACAUGGCCUUGCAGAAUCUCCGUGUUGUCAUGAGCAAUGCGCACACGUCCAUAAAGCAGCUGGUUUCUGGAGCUGAAACGUUGAACCUCGUUGCUGAAAUCCUUAAAUCUAUAGACAGAAUUUCUGAAAUUAAAGACGAGGAGGAGGAGGAGUCCUGAGAAGCACAGAAGCUUCCAGCUUAGCGUUCUGUGUACCUCCUGAAGUCACCGCGUGCUUUACCCAGAAAUGCGGUCGUGUUUCCGUGUGCAGUCUUCACCAGUAGUAAAGAUUUUUAUUACGAGACGCUCGUUUCAUGACCUGCAGCAGUAUUGUCGCCCGCAUGGCGGGGCCCGCUCAUGCAGCGAGGGUGCGUGUGCAAGGGGGCUGCCCCGCGGUUUACACAAGGCCUGCUGGUGAGCUGCACAGGGCUUACAGACUCCAACGCCCUAUUGGAGGGAUUUUUUUAUGUGAAAGCCAGUGAUUUUUUAAAAAUUACUAAACAUGAAAACAGCAGUACUGUAGCAGUGUGUUCCGUUCUCUCCCAGAACACUAGCUGUAAGACAUUUCACUCGGUUGACCUUGAUUAGUAAGUAGAGAAAACACUAAAUGACUCUGAUGGAGACGACAGGCAGGGGCCAGGGUUCGGGCCCCUUCAUGUCCCUCAGAAUGCCCUCUGACCUGACAGUCCCCCAUGAGUCACGCUCUGGCGCCUGCAGCUCUGGGCUGAAGGCCUCAGUACACACCGCUGUCACGUCUCCUGCAGGGGCUGUCCACGGAGACCCCAUGGCAAACUGUGAACCCGCUCUGUAGGCUUCCCUAUUUGACAUGCGUUGUGGGCCAGAAGUGUUGAGACACUUCACAUGGCAUUUUGUGCAGUGAAGUCAGAGUUUAAGAAUUUGACAGGAGUCCAGAGCCCUCUGGUUAGUGUGUGGUCUUUCAAGGUGCUUUUCCAACACAGGGAAGGGCUUGACAUGCACCAAUGCCUCUUUGGCUGGUCUAGAAAUACUACUUUUUAAAAAUGAGUUUCCUUUCUUUCUCCUGUUGGAAUGGAUAGCUUUUGUAUUUAAUAAACUCCAAAGUUCAUAACACUGG